AUUUGAAAGUUAGCCCCAAAGUAGGAUUCCACAUGAGAGCUCCACAUUCUGCUUUGUUCUUGGAUUCAAAUGCUUCGACUUCUUCUCUCUUCCUUGUCUCGUCUCUCCUCUUCUUCAGCUCGCAGGAAAUCCCAAUCCAUUCUCAGCUGGAUCAAAUCAUUCUCUGUUAUUCCUCUCCAGAAACCAAAAUGGAUCUCCAACACUACUCUGAUUAUUACAAACCCACUUCUCUUAACCCUUGAAUCUUGCAAUUCAAUGUCAGAAUUGAAGCAAAUCCAGGCCCAGAUGACUCGAACUGGCCUCAUAACCCAUAUUUUCCCAGUUAGCCGGGUUUUAUCCUUCUGCGCUCUCUCCGAUUCCAGCGACAUCAACCAUGCCCAUAUCAUCUUUACCCAAAUUGCAGAACCUAAUAUUUAUAUGUGGAAUACCAUGAUCAGGGGUUACUGUAAAGCUAAAAGUCCUAACUUGGGUUUCUUUCUGUUUCGCCGUAUGGUCCGAAAUCAAGUUGACAUGGACAGUCGGACCUUUGUCUUUGUACUGAAGGCUUGUGAGCAGUUCCAGGGAGUUAUGGAGGGUGAAGAACUCCAUUGCUUGAUCUACAAGUUGGGUUGUGACGCCGAUUUGUUGGUCAGAAAUGGGCUUAUGCAUUUGUAUGCUAAACAUGGGUAUCUGGGAUCUGCCCGUCUUUUGUUCGACGCAAGUCUUGUGAGGGAUGUUGUUUCUUGGACUACCAUGAUUAAUGGGUACGCCCAGAAUAACCUUCCAGAUGAGGCCUUGAAGCUAUUUAAUUUGAUGUUACCGAGUGCUGAUACUCCCAAUGAGGUUACUAUGACUGUUGUGCUCUCCGCUUGCUCACAGUCAGGGGAUUUGAGCCUGGGUAAAUCAAUUCAUCAUUAUAUAGAGAAGACAAAUGUGGAUCAUAGCCUGAAUUUGAUGAAUGCAUUGAUGGAUAUGUAUGUUAAAUGUGGUUGCUUGAUAUCUGCGAAAGAAAUCUUUGACCGGAUGGAAGUUCGUGAUGUUUUCUCUUGGACCACUAUGAUCAAUGGCUAUGCCAAAGAUGGUAGUUUAGAAUUUGCAAGGAAGUUUUUUUAUGAGAUGCCCGAGAGGAAUGUUGUAUCUUGGAAUGCAAUGAUUUCUGGUUAUUCACAGAGAAAUCAACCAGAGAAAGCAUUGAAACUGUUCCAUGAGAUGGAGAAGGCGCAUGUGGUACCCAUAGAGAGUACUCUGGUUUGUGUGCUUUCUGCCUGUGGUCAAUCUGGUUGCUUGGAUCUUGGUCAAUGGAUUCAUUACUACUAUGUUGAUCAGAAAAGAGUUAAACUUAGCGGCAUUCUGGCUAAUGCAUUUAUAGACAUGUAUGCUAAAUGUGGGAAUAUUGAUGCAGCUGCACAAAUUUUCAACAUGAUGCCAGAAAAGGAUUUGGUAUCAUGGAAUUCGAUGAUUGUUGGGUAUGCAGUUCAUGGAUAUGCUGAGCAGGCCCUUAGACUUUUUGGUCAAAUGAGUAAGGAAAUUGUGCCUGAUGAUAUCACAUUUGUUGGUGUCUUAUCAGCUUGUAGUCAUGGUGGGCUGGUCAUCCAAGGGAAGGAGUACUUUGGGAACAUGAGAAGGGUAUUUGGUAUAGAGCCAAAGGCAGAACAUUAUGCAUGCAUGAUUGAUCUACUUGGCCGAGUUGGGCUUCUGGAAGAGGCGAAUAAGUUGAUAAAGAGAAUGCCCAUGGAGCCAGAUGAAGCUGCUUGGGGUGCUCUUCUGAAUGCAUGCAGAAUGCAUGGGAACGUGGAAUUGGGUAAACUUGCAGCAGAUAAACUUCUGCAAUUGGACCCCAAAGAUAGUGGGAUCUAUGCACUACUAGCAAAUAUGUAUGCUAGUAGAAGAAGAUGGGAUGAUGUGAGGAUGGUCAGAAGUAUGAUGAGAGACCGGGGUAUAAAGAAGACUCCUGGGAAUAGCUUGAUAGAAGUGGAUGGCAAAAUUCAUGAAUUUUUGGUUGCUGACAAGUCACAUCCUCAAUCUGAGGAGAUAUAUAAUAUAUUGGAUGAAAUACUAUUGCUAUUAAACUCAGAAGGCUAUGUACCAAACACAUCACAAUUAAUGGGCCUACCUGAGGUUAGUGAUGCUGUCUUUUCAACAGCUUGACCAAGCUGCUGUCCACUGUUGUGAUUUGGAUCUCUAUGUCCACUUGAUCAACCAUUCCUGCUGAGGAUGGACUAUUGCAGAGAAUUUUUAGGCAAAGAAAUGAAGGUCAUUCACACUUUAAUCCUUUCAUAGACUGGUUCAAAUGGGCCAAAAUGGUGCAGCAAAAGAAAAUCAUGGCAGAGCAAGUUCCUGAAACAUAUAAAGGGAGGAUGUAAAACUGUUUUCCUGAACAUCUAGAUUGCAAACUGAUCAAUAGUCCACAUUAGAUUACAAUUCUCCGAAGGUCUGAUUGGUAAUCUGCCUGAAAGUCCUGAAAAAUCAUAUUGGAAAAGACAUGACGAUUGAUACUAAGUUUUGUCCUCCGUGGAAUAUUGGCCCCCUGCUGAGGUGGAAAAACCCACAUGUAGCUGACAAUCCAAACGUGUUUAUUAAUGGUUGAUCUUUACCUAUAAAAGACAAAGAUUUACACUUGUGAUAUUAGAGUCCAUGAAGGAGGAAAUAAAUUGAAGCUACUUUGAAGGUCUUAUUGGUUCAAUAUUCUGUUCACUUGGUUGAUUAUCACUGUCUAAUGGAGACUUUCUUCAAGACUGCUUCCUAUAUCUUCAAGACCAUCCUAAAGAAAGAGAUAGAGCAUAUGUUUCUGGUCAUCUGAAGCAAUGAAAAAGAAGAAAAAUGAGCUUACAUUUGAUCAGGUUGAUUUUCUACCUAAGAGAUCUUGGUGAUACUCAUAUUCUGCAUCAUUGUUCAUGGAGCAGGUAAAGAAGACAGAAUUGGCCCUCUUCAUGUACUACCACUAGGAUUUCUAACAUGUGUCCAUCCUUACAAAGAAUUUAUAAAUAAAGCAAAUUUCUGGAGAACGCAUAA